AGAAAAACAACACUUGCAUUCUUUUCGUGAUGCGAGAACAACAUCGAGAUCGUUCUCUUGAAAAAGGACUAAUCGGUUCGUAGUGAAGCCUGAAAGUGGAGAAAAGUGGAUAACGUUGCUGUGCAUUUUAUGUAGUGUUUAUCGUGUUUAAAGUGUUUAAAGUAUAGUUUAUGACGUUGCCGAUAUCACAAAUCGUGACGUUUGCAUUACUGCAAGUUCGACUAACCGUAGCAACAUUUAUAUAGUAAAUGUCAUUUAGUUUACAUCUCCUCCGUUUUGUGAGUUGGCACGUCACUGGGUCGGAAAUUCGCGUUCUCUGCUGUCAGAGAAACUUGUCGCUAAACAAAGGAAAUACCCAUAGGAGUGGUUGUUUUGUGAUCAUUUCCGAAAUUGAGAGGGCUGGCAGAACGUAGAACGAGGACGGGUCAGAAAGAGGGAGAACGAUUCUCUGUGUCGAAGCUUUUAUCUUUAUUAUGCGUUAUUGAGUGAAUUGUCAAGUGAAAUCAGAAAUGGCUGCCAACGAGCAUCAGCAAAAGGAGCAGCGAGAGUUGCGAGAGCCAGCUCAUCAUGCGAGGAGGCCUAUGAAUGCAUUUCUAAUUUUUUGUAAACGGCAUCGUGGUUCAGUUCGCUCAGGUUUUCCUCAUUUGGAAAAUCGAGCUGUGACUCGAGUUCUCGGUGAAUGGUGGGCCACUCUACAUCCUGAUCAGAAACGCUGUUACACAAAUCUGGCGCAAGAGUAUAAGGAUGCGUUUCUAAACGCAAAUCCAGAUUUCAAAUGGUAUAAAUUACCAGCACCGCCGCUUCGAACUUUAUCGACAAGGCCUACAAACAAGAAAUCAGAAGCAGGAUCUAGUGAUAGUAGUGUGGAGGAGAUAAAGUCCGAAGAAUCCUCCUCGGAUUUUAUCAAGUCUGAAAGGACAGAAGGAGAAGCCAUUCAACCAGGAAAACUAGCUGAUGAAUCACAAAUUGGUGGACUCAGUUCUCUCUUCACUCCACAGAAGGUUCAAGCGCAAACAGAUGAAAAAGAUAAUCUUUCCACUCCCAAAGUAGAAACAGAUAACACAAUCACUCCAAAACCUCCAAAAAAGCGAUACACUGAACUACCUCUCGCUAUGGAACAAAAAGAGGAUUGCAAAGUAGAUUUAUUCGGUGAAAAUAAGAACAAAACUAGGCAAGAAUCAAAUAACAAUCACCAAAUGGAUGGCGACGAUGAAAAGAACGAGGCUAAUACUUAUUUUGAUGAGUCUGGAAUCGAAGAGCAGAGUUUUCGAGGAGAGAGAACUUGCAAAGGAUUGCGUUAUCAAAAGUUCCUUGCUGAACAACAAAGGAAUUUUAAUUCCUCAGCUCUGCAAAAUAAGCGCAGAAAAACUUCUGGAUCACGUCCUGAACAAUCGAAUGGAAGGAGAAAUUCAAUCUCGUCAAAUGUUAGUGAAAAAACUGAUUCCCUUAGCAGCGAAGGCAACAGUUCUCGUGGUGAUUUAGAACAUCUUGUCGAAAGUGCGGAGGGAAAUAUGGAGGCUUCCAAACCAGAAGAAACUGAAACUGAAGGAGCGGAGGGUGAAGUAGAUUUUGGCCCUUGGAGUCACAAGAGAUUCAGGGCUGAGGACUUCAACUUGGAGAAAAAGAUUGAGGCGCUUCCGUCCUUGAGCUUGGAAGAAUUCCAAGAAAAGAAGAAACAGCAACGCACCAAAAAGAAGAAGAUUUUUAUGAAAACAAAUUCUAGCUCUGGGAGCAAAAAGGGCCACGAGAUGUUUGCAAGUGGAAAUUCUAGUAAUCAAAGUAACCGCAAAAAUUUGAGGCCCUCUGACGAGGAGCCAAAAGAGGAGGAAAAGAAUCAUCUCGUUGGCAGUCAAAAGCGAAAGGCACGUAAGCAGAAUAUAACGCGAAAUGCAGCUUUGACCAGUUUGCCUAAACACAAUGAAGACCAAGAACCACCGAAAUCUUGGUGUGCUUCACCAGAUCUCGAAGCUCUCGCGUGCCUUGCAACUGUUGCAGCGAACCGUACAAAACUGACAAAAUCGUAAGUAAACGACUGAAGUUCGAUAAAAAUUAUUCUCCAAAAAUCUGAAGAUUUUUAGGCUGCUUGUAAUAAAAGCGAGAAUAAUUUACGAUUGAUGGCGACGGUGCUUCUACUUUUUAUAAUAAUCGUCAUCGUUGUCACAAUCACCAUUUUUACUAUCGCUGUACCACUCUGAAUAUCGCUAUUGCUGUUAUAACGUUUAUUGUCACUCAAAGUUAAAAGCGAAAUAUUAUCAGCGUACAUAAGACUUCCGUAGAGUAAGAGAGGAAAGGUAUUUUAACUUCAAGUCGAGCACGUAUGCACGUUUGUUCCGUUUCCGAGCUGGCAAUAUUUUUAUUCUUCCCAAAAUCUUUUCACUUUUGCAACUCCACUAAUGUUUUACAAAUGAGAAUUUGCAUUUGACUAAUAUUUAUAAACCAUUGGAUAUCAGCAACUGGGUUUUCAAAGGUGUAGAUUAGGGUGGUCCAUUUUUUAUAGCAAAACAAAUUGUUGAAAACAAAAUCGCACAAUUGCCUAAAUGGUUUCUUUUAUGAUAAAAAUACGGUAAUUAUGGCAUUUGUAUGAUUAAAAAGUAACUAAAUACAAAAGAAAAUAACGGCUGUAUAUUAAAAUAAUAAUUUUUUAGCCUACAAAAUAUACUGUAUCAUUAAUUUUAUAGGAAUGAAAUAUAAGUAUAUAUUUAAAAACAACAAUUUCUACUUGCGCGACCUCUAAAUAUUGAUUUUAAUUUGAUUAAAAAAAUAUAUAUUUUUUGGUUGAAAAAUAAACAAUUUAGGGCCUUGUGCACAUUGGAACUCAAUCAUUAUUUUGUUUGGAUCACCCUAGUGUAGAUAUUUAUAUUUGAUCGGGAUUUCAACGAAACGAGGAUAUAUACUGAUAUAUUUUUUUCUCCAGAGCUUGUAUCAUGUACAUACAUAAAUGAAUAUUUUUAUCGAGAUAAGAGAUUCACUCAGUCGCCGAUAAAUAUCGCAAGACAAUUUUUAUUUAUUGGAGUCGGAAAAAAGGUAAUUUAGAGAUAUUAAUCGGCGAUUGGGUGCAUUCCUUGAGGCAUUUUAAGGAAAAAGGAUGACUGCAAUGACAACAAUAACGAUGGCCAUAACAGACAUGUAUUGUCGUUAAUUUUAAUACUAAACGAAAACUUUAUAAAAAUUUAAUAUUUUACGAAAGUUGUUGUAAAUAGUGCUAGGUGCAGUAUUACGAAUCCUUUAUGUUGCGAUUAUUGAAGCAGUUUAAUGAAAUAGAAUCAAAAUGUAAAGAUUUACUUUUAAGCACGAAAAAGAUAAAAGAAAAAACGCAACUUCCAUUUUAAAGAAAUAGUUUAUACUUUUUAUCUCCCAGCAAGAUUUUAUUAUUACUUUCUCUGGUUCGGGAAAUUUCUCUCAACUAGAAAAUUAUGUGAGGAAAUUGUCCGAGAUAUAAACAAGUGCUAAGUUCUUCCGCGGAAUAAACAAAAUUAUGGGAUAGAUAAAUGAGUAAUCUCUUUAAGUUGUUAAGCUCGAACCGGCGUAUGAUUAGAGUAUUUUAUUUAGGGGAAAAUUUUAAAACAAUUGUUAUCUUAAGACGCAUUAGUAAGAAUACACAAAAUUUAAUAUCUGUUUCUUCCUCUUUUGUAGUUUCCUUUUUUAUAGUUCUAUUAGUCUAUCAAGCACCCUAAAUAUUACCAGAUUAUUGACGCCUUAUAAAAGAAUUUGGUAUAAACAGACUAUUUAGAAACAUUUAUUAAAAUACCAGAGCCUCUUUACAAUAAUAAUAACCACCUGCAGGUAAUAUUUAGUGGAUUUUAAAAUUACUUUCCAAGCUAGAGUUUUUAAGGCUCUUAAAAUUACUCGUGGUUUCACCAAGUCGAGAAUACGUCUACAAUAAUGCAUUGUUUAAUGUAAUAUUUUAACGAAAUAAUCAAAAGGUAAUUAUAUCGGCCGAAACGUAGAGAUUUUUCGAAAAAUGUUCUUUUUGUUGUUUUUUUUUUUAAACUGAAAAUUAAGUGUUGAACAAUGAACUUCAGGGUUCAUUUAAAAUGUUAUUUUUAGUACAUAAACGAUCGAAAUUCUUAUUUAUUUAUCGCAGGUUUCCCAGUUUUUACCCUUUUCCUCAUUUUUCCACUUCAAUUACUACUGAAUUAAUAAAGCCCUAUAAGAUAAUCCAACUA